AUGUUUCGUCGUAGGGCUAUCGAAUACGGCCACGAAUCGAGUGGUUUCGCGAGCGUGUGCACGCAGCGAGUGAGGCUGCGCGCAUGGCGUGGCCGGUUAAAACGGCGCGAUAGCGGGGUCGCGACUCGCUCCCACAUUUCCACGAGACCUCGCCGCUUAUCGCGUCCGCGGCCGAGUCGCGGACAAGGACGAGCAAGGUCGUCGGCGACUUCUUCCACCGACACCGCGAAUUUUGCCAAAGCGGUGACCGCUUCGACCUCUGGCUGCCGACGCCCGCAGAUCGCUCCCAGUCAGUCGCUUCAUAAUGACCGAUCAUCAUAA